AUCCAUGUCCGAGCUUGCAGCAGCAGCUUCAGCGAACUGUAUUUACCUUAAUUAGACUGUACAAUGUGUUGCUGAAAUGCACAUUUAAGUUGCUGCUAUUUCAAUCUGCUCUCCUGACUUUAUCAAUGAUACUGGCAUCUCAUAUCAGUUCUGUGAAGUGACCUACAUUGGUAUUAAAUUGCACGUGAAGAUGGAGUCCAGUGAUGACAUCGAUGCCAUGUUCAGUGAUCUCCUUGGAGAGAUGGACUUGCUAACACAGAGCCUAGGGGUAGAUGACAACCCACCUGAACCGAUAAAACCCAGUCACAACACAGGGUUCAACUUCUCCAUUGGCUUUACGGAUGAAAAUGAGUCUCUCGAAGAACUGGAAGAAACCGACUUUGAUGCCUUAAUGGCUGACUUGAUGCAAGGGAUCAGUGAGACAGAGAAAAUCUGUAAUGUUACAUCUCAAGCCUCGCCAGUGCCAGACAUUUGGAAAACCACCACCACCCCAGAUUUCCCCAAAGUUCACUCAGGAGGGCCUCCGAAGCCACCAACCAGGCACACAGAGGCACCAAGUUUUGAUUUACCGCCACCUCCAGUUGAUUUAUUUCCCCCGAUCCCGUCAGUCUCUCUGCCUCAUCCAUCACCACCCCCUCCAGAACCUGCAGAACCAUUAACAGAGGAGGAACAAAAAGCCAAGGAAAAAACUGACAAGAUUAAACUUGCUUUGGAAAAGCUGAAAGAAGCAAAGGUUAAAAAGCUUGUUGUCAAGGUCCUCAUGAAUGACAACAGCAGUAAAACUCUGAUGGUCGAUGAAAGACAGACGGUGCGAGAAAUUCUGGACAAUUUAUUUGAGAAGUCUCACUGUAACUGCAGCGUGGAGUGGUGCCUGUAUGAAAAUAAUCCUGAGCUACAGAUCGAGAGAUUUCUGGAAGAUCAUGAGAAUCUGGUGGAAACCUUAUCCCACUGGAUGCGGGACAGUGAAAACAAACUUAUGUUUGUUGAACAACAAGAGAAGUACGCUGUCUUUAAAGAUCCACAGAAUUUCUAUAUUGCAAAAAAGAAAACAGAAGGGAAGAACAUGAAAGAGAAAAAUAAGGAAACUUUACUGGAGGAAUGCUUUUGUGGAACAUCUGUCAUUAUUCCAGACCUAGAAGGAGCUCUCUUUGUAAAGGAAGAUGGUAAAAAGUCAUGGAAGCGUCGAUACUUUCUCCUCCGAGCUUCUGGAAUUUAUUAUGUUCCAAAAGGGAAAACUAAGACAUCUUGUGACCUGGUUUGUUACAUCCAGUUUGAGAAUGUGAAUAUUUACUAUGGAAUGAAUUAUAAAGCAAAAUACAAAGCACCAACUGACCAUUGCUUUGUACUGAAGCAUCCACAGAUUCAAAAGGAAUCACAAUACAUCAAGUACCUGUGCUGUGAUAAUGCUUGGAGUCUACAACAGUGGGUAACUGGAAUACGAAUCGGAAAGUACAGUAAGACAUUGUACGACAAUUACACAGUGGCAUUACAAAAGGCUGGGCUGGCAUCACGAUGGGCGGAUUUAUCAAAUGCGAAGUCUGUCAAUACCACCAACACCACUCCAGCUCCUCUUCAAGCAAAUGGCCACCCAGGACAAGCCCAGCGACCUCCGAACCCAAUUGGAGCCCUGUAUAAUGAAGAGGUGAAGACGACGAAAGAUAUUGAUACCUUCCUCCCGCCACCACCUGCACAAAUAAUGUUUCAAGGCCCUAACGAUUUUGAUGAAGAGGAUCUCCCACCUCCUCCUCCUCCAUCCUUUGAACCUCCCCCUCCGGCUUUCAAAGCUCCUCUAAGUGCAGCAUCACCAUCCAAGCCAAAGCUCUUCUCGAGGCCUCCUCCAACACCUGUCCGAUAUGCUCCAUCAGCAGCACCACCUCCAACCCUACUCAAACGGAAAAAUUCAGGUGCGAAAAAUGUCCUCUUUACGGAUUUACCACCACCGCCACCGGAUCCAGAGAGUUUACCAGAGCUGCCUCCAGAUUUCCUGCCGCCUCCUCCUCCUUGCUUUAACAGCACUUCAGGUGGAGGGCCGCCACCUCCACCUCCACCCCCUCCUCCUCCUCCUGCUUCAGCUCCAGCCACCUAUGCCGCAAAAAUAGUCGUGCCAAAGAGGAGUGAAAACAGCUACAAUUCUAGACCUGUUGUCUCAGACAAGCCAGACCUUAUGUCAGAUCUCAUGAAAGUCUUACAGAAAAAAAGAGCGGCACUGAAUGAAUAAGUACAAGCAGUUUCAAAACAAAGCUUUGAGUUCGUACUAAACAAUUUACCAAAAUGUUUUACGUUAUUUUAAGAGAGAGAACUGAAAUUCUAUCAAAGGGCAAAUCUAGCUUGGUAAGGUCCUCUUUUCAAUUUCUCUCACUGAUUUAGUUGAACUCAUGGCCCCACUAUUGAAACAUGUUGUUGUAUGAUUGAUGGCGAUGUUUAAAGUGUGAUCUCCAGUUUAGAAGGAUGUGAAACAGGAAGAGUUUGGACUCCUAACGGCCAUAAUUUGGGUAUGUACAGAGAUCUUACCCUCGCCGGGAUUGUGGUCAAACAGCUCACAAACCAUCUCCAGAUUCACAUGAAGAAUUUCUGUUCGGACAAGUUAAUAAAAAGGAUUUAUCAGAUGCAACAAAUACAUUCUUCUUCAUUCUCAAUACAGUAGAGCAAAACAAAGAACAAAUUAAGUGCCUUGGUGAAAAUGGCUACCAACCAUGGAUUUUGAACUUUCUUGGUUCCAAUUCUUUCUAGUUAAUGGUCCAAAAGUUUGUGUUUGUAAAAUUGAACAGUGAUACAGGAGGCAGAGUUUUCAGGCAAUUUACCAUUUUAGUAGAUACCCACUGUUUCAUUAUUGGCCAACAUACAAUGCAGUUUUGAAUUUGACUAACACCCUACUGAGAAGAAACUCAACCAGUCUCACCAAAUUUUCUGUGUUCAUAGUGUCUACAAUCUUCGGAAACUAAAACUCUAUAAUGAGUAUAUUUUCAUUAUUGUUAUUAAAAUUUUAUAAAUAGUAUACCAUGGCUACCAUGACUAUCGAAGGGCCGAAUGGCCUACUCCUGCACCUAUUUUCUAUGUAUACCUAAUGUACUGCACAUUUCAGAGAGAAUUCUGAAUUUUCCUUUCUUCUGUUUUAAGAAUGAUUUUACCACUCACAGAAUCUGAUUUCCACACAUGGAGCAGCUACUGUUGAUGGGAAUAUCCGAUUAAAGCUAAUAUUCAUGGCAUUACAAUUAGUGUAUGAAAAGGUUCCCAAUAGUAAAUCUUACAUGGUUUCCUGAUAAGUCGAGACUGCAGAAGUCUUCACUGAAAUGCUGGGUGUCAGUACGAAUGGUCCUGGGAACUGGGAAAUUUUAUGACUCGGACUUUUAUGGCACCAAUCAAAGCAAUUCUAUUCUAUUGGGGAUGCCACAAUAUCCUAUUAAUAUUAUCAUCUCAAUGUGAGCAGCAAAGCUGAAUGAAAUCUGCACCUUGAACAGUCAAGUUUACUUUGCAAAGGAAAGGUAGCCCUGACAAUCCACAGCUCUUGCAGCUCUGACCCCCGACUAUUAUCUGAAUGGUGGCCGAUUAGGAAAAGGGGAGAUGCAACGAGACC